AUGGCUGAUGCAGACAUUUUGAUAAUGAGUUUCAAGCGGAAAGUUGGUCGUAGCAAUCCCUGUAGUUUUAGUUAUGGGUUCUUCCCAAGCCCAUCACAUGUGUUUCGAAAGCCUGAAUUUGCCAUACCAUACGUGUCUAAUAGCAGACAGAGGUGGAUGCACGGUUCUGAAGUUAGAGCUGCAUUAAAGUACCUUCGUGGGUUGGAAUCAAAUGGUGCACAAAUGUUUUGGAGGCACAAAGUUGAUGGGGAAGGGAAACUCCAGCAUUUGUUCUGGUGCGACGGUGAGAGCCGCUUUGAUUACAAACAAUUUGGUGAUGUGCUGGCUCUUGACACUACUUACGGCAAGAGUGAUAAGUACUUGUAUCCUGUAGUGGUUUUCUCAGGGGUUAACCACCACAUCCACACAACCGUAUUUGCAAGCGCGAUUAUUGCUGAUGAGACUGAAGAAACAUUUGUUUGGUUGUUCGAACAGUUCAAGGUAGCAAUGGAAGCUAAAUCACCGGGGUUAGUCAUUACCAGUGGUGAUGCAGCAUUGGAGAAUGCUAUUAGUAGAGUAUUUCCAAAUGCUCGCCACAGAUUAUGUUCUCAAGUCAUACUACGCAAUGCAAGUAGCAAAGUUAGAAACCCAAAGAUGACUGCACAGUUGAAAGACCUUAUGUUGUCUGAUUAUGAGGUGAGCGAAUUCAAUAGUAAGUGGGAUGAAAUGGUUGCUCAAUUUGGCCUUGAAGACCAUAGUUGGGUUAGAGACAUGUAUAAGGAAAGGAAGAUGUGGGCCACUGCGUGUAUUCGCGGUAGAUGUUUUGUUGGUUAUAAGGCUAGUUCUCGAUGUGAGGGGUUUUAUAAUAAAUUUGGGACGUUGGCACGUUCUUGUCAUAAUUUGGUUGAUUUUUUGCAACACUUUCAUCAUUGCUUUGAUGAGUUUCGAUUCAAGGAACUAGAAGCCGACUUCCAAUCGGGGCAUGGUGAAGAGGUUUUGCUAACAUUGUUCAAACCAUUGGAGAGGUCUGCUUCUAGGGUGUUCACAAGGGAGGCCUUCAGGCUAUUUCGCACUGUGCUUGAAAGGGCAUACACAAUAAUAGUUGAUUUUGAUUGUAAACAGUUAUCAACACAAUCCAUUUACAAAGUGCGUGAAUAUGGUCAACCAAGAAGCGAGUGGCGUGUGUCAUUUUCCCAGCCAACCCUCCAAUUUAGAUGUUCUUGUUUUGGGAUGGAAACUGUUGGAAUUCCAUGUGCUCACAUAGUUAAAUUGAUGAUUUUUCUAGACAUGGUUGAGAUGCCAAUUUCUUUGGUGCGAAAGAGAUGGACCAAGUCUGCCAAGGAAAUUGUCGAAGGCACCUUUGAAGAAGGUGAUGGAACCUGUAUUUCAUUGGAAGAUGAUGAUGAGGAUGACAUUGGACCUUCAUUGGAAGAUGACAAUGAGGUCAAUUUCAGCAACUUUAGGCGGAGGAUUUUAGUGAUCUCUGACUCUGAUGAAUCUGAUGUGAAUGAUGGUCCACCUUAUAAAAGGCGUGCUCAUGGAUAA